AUGCGACAAUGAGCAGAAGUCACCAGCUGGCGUCGCUGUGGUGCCGUUUCCAGAGCUGAUAGCACAGGCAGCAGAAGUCAGCUCAAACCAAAGAAUUUCUGCCACAGCUGACUCGGACGCCAUCUUUGUCGCGAACAUAAACAAUAUAGGAGAGUCGCGUCGGCAUCUGGCUGUACGGCUGCUGUUUCACGGAACACGACCCAAGUCUUCCCAUCGCGGAGCUCAUGCCUUCAGACGAAAAUGUUUGCCGCCUUGGUCACCUGAAACACUGACAGACUCCGAGCCCAAACUGCCUCCGAAUGUCAAGCCGAGCACAGCAAGCUAACCGGGCCGCUUGAGAUGGAGAUCCUCUGUGGAUUUCCUCACCGGGAGGGAGCGGAGGUGUAAAGGGGGCGGGGAGGGCCCCCACAGCCCUGAACGGAUGGACCAAGAGUAUGAGAGACGGCUGCUGAGGCAGAUCAACUACCAGAACCUGCCCAAAAAGAGCCGUAUGACCAAGAGCUUAGGUGCUGCCUCCAGCCCUGUCAGUGUAAAGUCAGGGGACCGCUUCAUUCCCACCCGCGCUGGAAGCAACUGGAGCAUCAACUUCCACUAUGCCAAUGAGAAUUGCCGCUCUCCCACUCAGAACCACAAAGCAAAGGAUGGCAGUUCAGACUCGAGCAAAGACACUGUGGCGUAUGCCGCCCUGUUGAGAAACGAGUUGCUGGGAGCUGGGAUAGAGACGGUGCCAGAGCCUCACACAGAUGACCGGCGGCAUGAAGUUCUUGCUCAAGACUCCUACAGCCUUUUUAGGUACACUGUCCACACGAAGAGAGUGCCUUGUGAUCGCGGUAAUGAAGUCUCCCCCUUCUCCCUUUCUCCACUCAGCAACAAGAGUCACAAGCUGCUCCGCUCGCCCCGCAAACCGGCGCGAAAGAUCUCCAAGAUCCCUUUCAAAGUGCUGGAUGCUCCAGAGCUGCAGGACGACUUCUACCUCAAUCUGGUGGACUGGUCAGCUGGAAACCUGCUGAGCGUGGGGCUGGGAGCCUGCGUCUACCUGUGGAGCGCCUGCACCAGCCAGGUGACAAGGUUGUGUGACCUUUCAGUGGAUGGGGACUCUGUCACAUCAGUUUGUUGGAAUGAGAGGGGGAGCCUGGUGGCUGUUGGAACCCACAAGGGUUACGUUCAGAUCUGGGAUGCAGCAGGAGGAAGGAAGCUGACCUGUCUGGAGGGCCACUCAGCCCGAGUAGGUGCGCUGGCGUGGAAUGGGGAGCAGCUGUCUUCUGGGAGUCGGGACAGAGUGAUCCUGCAGCGGGACGUCCGAACACCGCCUUGUGCUGAGAGAAGGUUGCAAGGUCACAGGCAAGAAGUGUGCGGCCUAAAAUGGUCUCCGGACCACCAGCACCUUGCUUCUGGAGGCAACGACAACAAAUUGCUGGUGUGGAACAGCUCCAGCCUCGUCCCUGUGCAGCAGUACAGUGACCACCUGGCAGCCGUGAAGGCCAUAGCCUGGUCCCCUCACCAACACGGGCUCCUGGCCUCAGGCGGCGGCACCGCCGAUCGCUGCUUGCGGUUUUGGAACACCCUGACGGGUCAGGCGCUACAGAGCACAGACACCGGCUCCCAGGUCUGCAACUUGGCCUGGUCCAAGCAUGCCAACGAACUGGUAAGCACUCAUGGCUACUCUCAGAACCAGAUUCUGGUGUGGAAGUAUCCGUCUCUAACCCAGGUGGCCAAACUGACAGGACACUCCUACAGAGUCUUAUAUCUGGCUGUGUCCCCAGAUGGAGAGGCCAUCGUUACAGGAGCUGGAGAUGAGACGCUUCGUUUCUGGAAUGUCUUCAGUAAGACACGAUGCACUAAGGAAUCAAAGUCUGUGCUGAACCUUUUCACAAGAAUACGAUAGUGGGCAGCCGUGGGUCAGGGAAGCUGCAGGAGGAACCUGACCGGCUGUGGCUAAAAUGCACAGACUCAUAGAUCCUCUCCAGUGAACCUCAACCUCCACAGAGACUGUCUUUGUUGAAACCUUUUCAGCUGAGGACGCGGUUCCAACUUCCGAUGACGACUGCCACCCUUCACAUCGAUGUCACAGAUUAAAACAGAAAUCACGUUCUCUUCUUAAAAAGUCGCUCUUGUUCUCCUUACUGUCGUGGAUGUGAUGAAGUUGUUUUAUUAUCCAUUAGCAGAUGCGUAUGUAAGAGUUCUAAGCUAUAUAAUGUUAUGAUGGAACAUUUUUUUUAAAGGGGGAGGGGCUCUUUUGUAACAGAGAGGAGGAAGGGGCGGGGCUUCUAUAUUUUGAUAAUGCGUGCUUAUGACCUACAGCAGCAUGUGACAGGUAAGAGAAAUCAAUCAGUGAACAAACACAGUCACACAUUCACCUGCAACAAAAGAUUGGUUUAAUCGGUGUUUUUUGUCAGUAGAUGUACAUUCAUGGCACUGUGACACUUUCUGACAGGUAUUUUAUUAAAAACAUGUCCGACAGUGACCCAGAUGUCUCUAACAGUCCCCAGAGUGUGUAUGUGGUGGUGGUUGGGGUCAGUCCAAUUAUUGUUGUUUUCCAGUGUCACACCCUGAGUGAACAGUCCUAUUGGACACCUUGGACAUGUUCAAAUGGAUCCAGAUUGUUCUGUGGUAAGAGCUGCUGAUGAACAGAAAAGCAGAACAGAACCGCAGCUCUGACUAGCAUUCAGAGUACCCGGACCCCUGCAGACCCCUGCAGAGCAAGGAGAACUCCUUCACAGUCUCCUUAACAUGACGCUUGUUUGUUUGUUCCCUGGAAGAAAGAGACAGGUAUGAGGAGCCAUUAGGGUAGAGGUUUUUUAUUUGGUUAUUACAUCAUCAUAGAUAAAUAAAGGUCCAUUUUCUUUUAGUUACUAGAGCUUUGUUUUUUCCAUGUUUUACAUCAAGACAUUAACUGAUUUCAUAAACUUGCCCAAAUCUGCAGAGUUAAAUGAACAAUAAUUACAAUCAUUAAAACGUUUACUGCUUCAUGCUGCAGUUCACUUCACUCCAAAAAAUGUUCAUUCACAAUAAUCAUUAAAAAUAGUAAAUACA